GGAGUCAGAUUAUUUUAUGAGGCAAAUAUUUGAAAAAUUGAAAUUGAAACACGAGCCUCAAAGUAAAAACUUUAAAGCCAUUUGUAACGAGAGUAGGAACGUAUUUGAUUCCAUGCGUUCCAGCAACGAGAUGAAAAUGUGGGGCGACCUGAGUUACGAUUGCCUUACAAAACGUUGGAGAGUCCUUAGGAUUGAACCAUUGUACCAAUGUGUCAAUUCAAGCUUGCCUCCGCUAAGCGGAAUGAUAAAAUUUGAUAUUCACCUGGAUGAGCUUGCCCUUGACCCUUGUAGCGUUUCGAAACCCAACUCCAUAUUCCAGCACAAAUGCCCAGCUCAUUCGCAAUGUAUUUCAAGCCAAUUGAAGACAAAAUGGAAGAGAACGAGUUCAUAUGCGUGCAAGUGUUUGAAGGGCUACUACAACAAAUAUUUUAUGCAAAUAAAUCUUAGCAAGGAAAGCACAGAGUUGAACAGCAGUAAUUGCAUCAGUGGUCACCUGAUGGACCAGACGUAUGUUGACAAAUUAUUGAAUAGAUCGAUCAGAUGGGAUUUUGAAUGCGUUCCAUGUGCGGCUGGUUGUGAAGAGUGUGUGAACGACCGGGCGUGUAAUCUUAGUUUUGAUGUUCUGAAUCGUGGAGUUCCUCUAGCAGUUGAAAGCAUCUCUUUGACCAUUUGUACCGCUCUUUUCUGCUCUAUUUUCAAACUAAGAAAAACUAAGGUUAUGAAGGGCAGCAUUUGGUUCCUGCUUGAAACGGUGGUCUUUGGAGCAUUUCUCUUGUACACAACGGUCAUCAUAAGGUACUUUGAGCCAAAUAAUUGUUUAUGCAUAGUCGUUCAAUGGUUCCGAGAGGUAGGCUUCGCUUGCGUUUAUGGUUCACUCAUACUCAAAGUCUACAGAGUGCUGACGGAAUUUCAAUCUCGUAAGGCCCACCGAGUUCAAAUGCGCAACAAGGACCUUAUCAAGUGUUUAAUCUGCAUCGUGGUCGUAGUCGUUGGCUACAUGGCUGCAUGGACGGCUGUCAACAUUGACAGCAUGGACGGACACGAUUGGUCAAUGCUCUGGACCGUCUAUAAGGAUGGAUUAAAAUUUGAACUCUGCAGAACAGUUUCGUGGGACUUUGUCAUCAUUUUAGCUGAAAUAUUAUUUCUGUCAUUCGGCAUUCGUCUGUGUUACCGCGCACGGUCAGCCCCAUCCAGCCACAAAGAAAUAUUCUGCAUUACAUUUGCUUUAUGUAAUGAGAUAGUCAUUUCAGGAUUGUUUUACACCCUCAGACACUUUCUAGUGAAGCAACUGCAUCCGGAUCACCUCUUCCUCAUGUACUUCCUUCGCUGCCAAUUAACCGUUUCUACGCUGCUAGCUGCUGUAGUUGGACCGAAACUCUGGUUUGCCCAUCAGCCGCUUGAUGACAUGACACUGAGAAAUCGAGCAUAUUCCUCUUCAGAACACGAGCAUUCAUCUCCAGAAGUCGUCAAGUUGAACAUCAAGCCCAACGGUGAUCUAGACAAUGGAGAAUUUCUUCUCACUGAAUUCAAUCCAGAAGACAUAAGAUACGAACUGAAAAGACUCUACACCCAAUUGCAAAUUUACAAAACCAAAACGAUGCGCCAGGACAAUCCUCACAUUCCAAAAAGGAGAGGUGGACGCAAGCAAACACAUCGACGCUUCUCACUGCAAGCAUUCCACAACAAACACAAACGUCCUCACAGUGACCACGGUAACGUCAGCAGCUCUGGUGGUGGCGGAGAAACAGAAGUUUCGAGAACUCCUGAAGAGUCGACAAACAGUGCGGAAGGUGUUUCAGUUUAUAUGGAUGAAUGUAGCGCUUUAGAAUCUAAUAACAAUAAUAAUUUCAACAACAAUGUAAAUAUUGCUACCAAUAGUGCUAGUCGCAUUUUCACUGGAAUUGUUAAAUCAAAACGUAAAAACUCUGAACUUAAUAAAUAGCACUAUAGUUCAUUUAAUCAAGUGUCCGCUGGUGUUGUAAAUUGCGGAAUGUUGUAAAGUUUAUUUUGUUACUUGUUCCAUAUUAAGCCUGCUAGAACAAAUCUUGUACACAAUGA